AUGCACGUGUCGUCGAUUUUCGUUUUCACCUUGGUCCUCAAUGUUUACUGUAUUCAAGUCAGAAUUAAAGACCAGUAUUCUAACGAUAAAAGUACAAGUUCACGUCCAGCUGUUGUGAUCCGUACUGGCACAGUCACUGUCAACAAUCCGAAAUUACCUUCAACCAUCUCAGCUCGAACACUUCCAGCGGAAAAGCAGUCGAACCUUUUGAGAGUGUUGAUCAUCGGAAGUAAACAAGAUGUCCUCACUACAACAAUUCUGAGGAAAAUCGCAAGCAUUCUCGGUGAUGCCCGCCACCGAGUGACUCUAUUGUCGCCGUUCACCGGUUCAUCAGCAACAGCCCCGUCCGGACAGUAUACCUCAAAGAAUAUCGACUAUGUGGUGAAAAGUGAAGCUAUCGUUAAUGCAUGGGACCAGUUCAGUGUGCUGGAACGUAUACGAACCAUAAGAAGGACAUCUCACGACAUGAUGACUUUUUGUGAAAAAGUUUUUGGUCGUAUGGAUGUGAUCGAUUGGAUGCGAAAUGAGAAAUUCGACAUUGCAAUCACAAGUGGCGCCACAUCGAUCAUCCUCACCACAAGUGAACCUGCUCCGUGGAUAGUGAAAUCCAUGGGUAUCCCGUAUACUGGUAACCUUUUUGAGUUUUACAAGGUUCCGUUACGGCUUCGAAACACAAUAUUUUCAGAAAGCCCAACCGUCAAUGCACUGCCUUAUUUUCGACGGGCCAAAACGGUGCUGUCGAGUUACAUUGAAGAAAUGCUUCUUGAUUAUGAUUUGAUCCAUCCACUGGAUCACAUGGGACAACGUAUGGUUGGAGAGCGUUUUACUCCAUUCCAGGAUGCUGUCGCACAAACUUCAUUUCUCCUAGUCAAUGGUGAUGAACUCUUGGAUUUCCCUCGACCACUUACACUGCAAUGGGUCUAUAUUGGUGGACUGCAUGUGAAACAACCUUCGAAACUUAGCCAGCAAUGGUCUACCGUACUAUCAAUGAGAGCCCGAAAUGUGCUUGUAGUAUUUGGCGGUGCUUCACUAGGAUGUGGCCAGGGAACGACUGUUCUCUUACAGGCGUUUCUGGAAAUCCCCGACACCACUUUCAUAUGGCGCAAUGCCUCUGGACCAGCUCUGAAUCAAUCGAACGUUGUUUUCGUGAGCCAAGUAUCGGAGAGUGACCUUCUGGCUGAUCCCCGAGUCACAGCUAUUAUCACAGAUGGAAGGACCGAUUCACUAUAUGACCUCGUUACUGGAGGAAAACCAGUAAUAUGUAUUCCGUCGAACUUUGAGCAACAAGGGAAUUGUGAUCGUCUACAUGAGCGAGGAAUUGCAAUUGUGAAAGGAUGUGACUUGUUGUCAUCGAAAAACGUCAAAGAGAUGAUAAAGCAAUGUACUACAUCUGAGUAA